AUGGAUACUAGUAUCGUUUUAAAAAAACGCACGAUGAUGUGGUUCUACUUGGGGAUGUUGUUCUUUUGCAUGUUUGCCGAGUCGAAUGCUCAACUGUCGGAGAAUUUCUACGCCUCGACAUGCCCUAACGUGGAGCUCAUCGUUCGGCAGGCGGUUACAACGAAAAUCCGACAAACCUUCACGACGGCUCCGGCAACGUUACGGAUGUUCUUUCACGACUGCUUCGUCGGUGGAUGUGAUGCUUCUGUGUUAAUAGCAUCUGACAAUGGAGACGCAGAGAAGGACGCGUCGGACAAUAUAUCUCUUGCCGGAGACGGAUUCGACACUGUGGUCAAGGCUAAGCUCGCUGUCGAAGCUCAAUGUCCAGGCCUUGUGUCAUGUGCAGAUAUCAUGGCUCUCGCCGCCAGGGACGUCGUCGUCCUUGUUGGAGGGCCAGAGUUUAAGGUGGAGCUAGGUAGACGAGACGGGCUUGUGUCGCAGGCGUCUCUUGUGGACGGGAACUUACCUGGACCGGAGCUAGACGUGACAGGUCUGGUCGAUAUGUUCGCUAGAAACGGCUUAUCAAUGACCGACAUGAUUGCUCUCUCAGGCGCACACACAAUCGGAUUCUCUCACUGCGACCGUUUCGCUCACCGUCUCUACAACUACUCAGCGUUCAUGCCCGUGGAUCCCACUCUCGACCCGGCCUACGCACAGCAGCUGAUGCAAGCCUGCCCUCGAGUUGGGGCGGACCCCAGCAUCGCCUUGAAUAUGGACCUAACAACCCCAAAUGUCUUUGACAAUGUCUACUUUCAGAACCUCGUGGCUCGGAAAGGCCUUUUCACAUCCGAUCAAGUUCUGUUUAAUGAUUUCAGGUCUCAGGCCACAGUGUUCAGGUUUGCUAACAAUGCUGGAGAAUUCUACAGCGCUUUCACCGACGCUAUGAGGAAACUCGGCCGCGUUGGAGUUAAGGUUGGGAGCCAAGGAGAGAUUCGAAGGGAUUGCUCUGCUUUUAAUUAA